ACAAGGCAACAACACCUUCACCCUCACUUUUACUGUAUUGCAAAGUGAGUAGAAGAACUGGUGAAAGAGGACAAGUGAAAGUUGCAAAUGGCACUAACUCAUGCUCUAGCUUGUGCAUGGAGCAUACUAUGCAUAUUCAAUUAUGCAUCAUCUCAUGGUAUUUAACGAUUUUACUAGCCUAGCUAUUUAAACUAAAAAUCCAUCUGUGUUCAAUUGCCCAACUCAAGUUAUUGUAGGGAGUGGCGAUGGCAGUGGAAGUGGUAUACUGGUUCCGGACUGUCCUCAGGCACCCAUUAAAGUGAACAUCACCCGACCAAUCAAUACCGAAUUCUUAUCGCAGGUCCAUCUCACUGGAAUAAGAUUACCCGUCACAAGUAAACCUGAUGACCUCUCUGUCUCCAUCACUCAAAUUAAGCUUCGCCCUGAAGCAGUUAACUUCAGGAUAGCUGCAGGAGACGUAACAGUACAGAUCAAAUUGUCUAGUGAUAGUAAAAAGCUUACAGUUACUGUUGCCGGGGAUCUUGUGUCAGCAACUAUGAUAAUUGUGGACAUCUUGGUACUUGAUGAGGACGAUAUGAUGAUGAUGAUGGACGAUUCUUCUUGCAAGUUCAGCAUUGAGAUAACAGUGCAGGAUCGUUCGAAUUGUGCUGAGGAGAGCUCUAUUGUUCGCAUUUCGAAUGCUCAGCUUGAGGGCUUCUUUGCAGUUACACUCACACUGAACAUUCACGUGACUGAUUUCAAUUCUGACAGUUCAAUUCUGAUCCAAAUUGCAACACCAAUUGUCAGAAUACUGAACUCCGUCUGUCCUCAAGACUGUAACAGAUGUGGAAUGGGAGGAUCUUGCAAUUCCUACCUGCAAUUCUGUCAAGAGUUUUCUGUGAGCGAUAUCGAACUAUAUGACGCACCAAAAGCAGGGCUCAGCAGGCUAGUCAAGAGAGCUAUCCCCACUACAACAACACAAAACACAACUGUGAUAAACCUGGUUUUGAGGCAUCCAACCGGAUCCCCACUCAGUGGAAUCGUAGCACUAGUACCACCCUUCACUUCCCUCAGUGCUCUCAACGAUGCCCUUCAAACUAUCCAAAACACCACAGGCAUUACGAUAUUCGACACUGAUGCUUUGAUAAACAGUUCAAACAUCAUCAUGACAACCUUUUUUGCUCACAUCGUCCUACCCAUCAUGAUAAUACUGUUUGUUCUCAUCUUGGCAAUUGGAGUGAUCAUUAUUCUGAUUGUUGGGAGAAAGAGAAAGAAUAAUAGGAAGAAAUCAAAGAUCCGACCUCUGAUUGGCAGUACCUCCUCAUGAUCACAAAAUGCAUAUUGGGGAGAGGAAAAACUCAUGUCUAAAUCUAACUGUAAACUUUAUCAUUAUGUAGUGUAGCAUUUUUUGA